AUGUUCAAGGAGGAGACCUCAGGCGGCCCUCAGCAGACCGAGCACUUCCCCAUCACUGUGGAGGAGCUGCGGAGCCACUUCGAGGCCCUGGGUGGCAAGAAGGAAACAGAAAGUGAGAGAAGUUCACUUUCAUCAACAGCAACGAGUCAGCCUGGAGGCCAUUCUGUCAUUUCUCCGAAAGAGUCUAGCGUGAAAAGAGGGAGAGCAAUCUUUGAAAAGAUGUCAUCACAAAAUGGCCACAGCAACAGCUCUGAAGUGGGUUCUCGCAAACCUGUAAGAGGACUACCUAAAGAGAACACUCCCAGGGCUGAUAACACACCGCUGGAUUUCCAGGAGACUGUCUCUUUGAAAGAAAGAAUGGCUAUGUACAAGGCUGCUGUGUCCGAGAGAGACAGCAGCAACUCCUUUGCUCGUACUUCAGAGAAAACCAAGUUCUGUACUGUGCCUGGUGGCCUGGCAGCAGUGAGGAAACAAUUUGAGAAAGUGCGGAUGACCUCUUCACAAAAGACCUUUGCUCAGUACCAGCACAAAUCUAUACAGGAAACAUCAAGUGGCAGUCAGCACGCGGUAUCAAGCAGCAUCAGGGAAGCUGAGUGCAAUAAAAUGACCUCCAAAGAAAGUCAGACAGAAACCUCUCAAACACAAGAGGUUUCUCAUCACGAGCAAGUUACUCAUGAGAUAAAAAUGCCUUCUACGUUCACUCAGCACACUGAUGAAACAGUAAUCAAUGCAGCUCAGAACGAAGAGCUCCCAAAGACUGUAACACAGAUUUUAAAACAGCAGAUUGAAAGGACAGCUCAGGAAAAGGCUGUUCACACUGACAGAGAGACUGCAAUACCUGCAAAAGAAGUAAAGAAACUGCAGAUUCAGGAAAAUGAAACGUGCAGACUCUGUCAACAGAGGGUUUACCCAAUGGAAUGCCUGGUUGCCGACCAGCAGAAUUUUCAUAAAUCGUGUUUCCGAUGUCACCACUGCGGCAGUCAAUUAAGCUUGGGAAAUUAUGCAUCUCUCCAUGGAAAAAUAUAUUGUAAACCCCAUUUUAAACAACUUUUCAAAUCAAAAGGAAAUUAUGAUGAAGGUUUUGGACACAAGCAGCAUAAAGAAUUAUGGAAAUUGAAAGAUCAAUGUAGCUCAGUUGGUAAUAUUCAUGCUGAAGAAACAAAUCCCAUUAAUAGUUUACCUGUUGAUCCUAAACCAAUUACAGAAACUGAUCAAGACUUGUACUCAGGUACUGAAGGUACUCAUCCUGAUAUUUUGGAUAAUAAUCUGAAAAAAUCCACAGAAAGAGGUAAAUUAAAGAUGACAUGGCCUCCUUCAACAGACAAUACAACACCUAAGAAAACAUUUUCUAUUGAAGAAGUGGCUAAAGUAAAUAAGCCAAAGUGGCCCCCAGAAGAAGCUACAAAUACCUGUAAAGCAAAGAAAAAUGAAGAAGGAAAUAAGGGAAAAGAUGAGGAAGCUGGGAACGUGCAAGAUAAGCUGAAUAAAACAGGAGGAUCACAGAAAAGGGAGGAAAGUGGAAAGGAUACUAAUGAAGGCGAUAAUGUAAUUGCGCAUAGUGCUGGGAAAGAGCAAGAGAAAAAAAUUAAUGAAACCGAUGAUUCAGAAGUUGUACAGGUUACUAACAUUGAUGAUGUAACAGUACAAAAGAAUCACAAAGAAUUCUGCUUGAAUAACAAUAACAAUAACAAUAAUGCCACUUUUUCACAUCUAAACAUUUGUAGGCAGGAAACAACUCUCUCAGCUACAUCUAACCCAAUGACAGCCUUAAGUCAUGCAAUUUGCACUGUAUCGCAGCAUGCCUUUGCAAAGCUGGAAAAUCGGUCUGGAAAUGAAGAAAUAUUUGAGAUACAGUAUCACUAG